GAGAAUAUAAAGGUGGUCGAAGAGACUUGAAUGUCUAAGACAAAAAAUAUUCACUUAUUACAGUGGAGAUUCGACAAUCAAGUCUGGCCAUGACCUAAGGUUCUAGUGACAUAUUUUCAUCAUAACAGUAAUUAAUUUGAAAUGAACUUGACCUUGGUAAUUGAGAUGCGGAUCAUAAUAACAUUUGAAGUGGUAAAUUAAUGGGAGUGAGUGUGAACGACUCAAGUUCUGUUAAACAUUUGUUUGGAUUGGAUAAAAACCGUCUUACGAUCUCGUCAAACAUGAAAUAUAAACAGACAUUCUCAAAUAACAUUCAUUCAAGUUAUUGAGCGUCUAUGGAUACCUACACGAAAAACCUAAUAACCAGCUAACAUACUUAUAUAUCGCGUGAAAGAUUGUGUUCAUAAUGGCCGCAGCAUCGGUCGAUAGAGGCUGGGCUUGGAUGGUAGUUUUAUCUUCCUUCUUUGCUCAUUUCUUUUCCUUUGGUGUAGCCUGGACCACUGGUGUAUAUAACAUUAUCUUCUUGGAACAAUUUGGACAAUCCCGGUUAGCCACAGCAUGGGCCAGUUCUCUCACACCGGCUUGUAUGUUUUUUGCAGGACCAUUCGCUAGUAUAAUGAUCAAUAAAUUAGGAUGUAGAAAAGCUAUGAUAAUUGGUGGUUUGACGUCUUCUUUUGGAUUGAUUACCAGCUAUUUUGCUCCUAGCAUUCAUUAUUUAUAUGUUACAUUCGGUGUUAUAGCAGGAUUUGGUUUUGGUUUGAGUCAUUUAUCGGCAAUAACAGCAGUGACGUUUUGUUUUGAUCGGCGUCGUAAUCUCGCCACAGGGAUAGCCGUCACUGGAGUCGGAUUAGGGACUCUGACUUUUCCUCCUCUUAUAGCUUAUUUAGUUGAUAAUUAUUCAUGGAGAGGAUCUUUACUCAUUGUUGGAGGCAUGUGUCUCAAUUUAUGUGCUUGUGGUGCCUUAAUCAGACCCAUUUCGAGAGUUAAAAGAAUCAGCAACACGACCUAUCUUGAUACAAGUAUCUUUAAGAAGGCAACAUAUUGGUCUGUAUGUGCUAAUAGCUUCCUCAUAUGUUUUGGUAUGUCCGUCACAUACAUCCACCUGACUGCUUUUGCUAAGGAUUCGGGUAUAAACCUUGAGGACAGUACUCUCCUAGUAUCGGGAAUUGGGGUCUCCAAUCUGGUCGGUCGUUUGAUUUUAGGUAUUCUGGGACAACAUCCUAAAAUCAAUCUUGUUUUACUUUAUAUGUUUUCGUUUGCAAUAGCUGGCGUGUCAGUGUUUAUAAGUCCGUUCUGGAAAACAUUUGCUGGAUUAUUAGUACUGGCUCUUAUAUUUGGGUUCUGUACAGCUGGAAUAGGGACAUUAUUCGCUCCAAUAUUAGCUAAGAUAUUGGGAUUAAGAAGAUUUACUGGUGGCUAUGGAUGUGUUUCUAUGGUUAGUGCUUUAGGACAGGUGCUUGGUGGACCAAUUGCAGGUCUGUUGUUUGAUUUAACUGGCACGUAUUCCGCAACAUUCUGGACAGGUGGAAUAACAUUAUUAGCUAGUAGUGCUUGUAUGGUAUUACCUUUACGGUAUAAGAGUAACUCAAGAAUCAAUCCACCUUCAAUUAGAGAAGACUUCUUGAGUGAAACAGAUGGUAAUCAGAUCGUUAAUGGUUCACCAACGCUUGUUUAUCCGAUUUCAAAACGUACAAGGCGAAUGGCAUUUCUUAAAUCUCAUUAAAUACAACACAAACACAUUCCGUUUAAAGUGCUCAAUAUAUGUUACAUGACAUCAUGCUGGAAUAGCAAUAAGGCUCUGACUUGAAUCCAUGAACUAAAUCUAUAAAAUAUCGGGUGGCCCUGAAAAACGACAACACUUUUCGUUUGAUUUCUAGAAAGUACAGAAGCUAAAACCAUAAUAUUUUGACCUCAUAAUUAAAGCGAUAUAAGAUAUUUUUUCACAACAAAGCUUUGAUAUCUUAUGAAAAAUCCUGAAAUGAAAAGCUUUCAGGGUUACCCGAUUUACUUGUUAGAGUGAACUGAGAUUACUAGUGUUAUCCAUGGUAUCAUGAUCUACGAUUUUAAAUUUCCGGUGACAGUUUUUUUCUCAAAUCAUUAUAUAUCCAAUAUUUUUUGUUAACAUAAUUUUGUUAUUGUUGGAUUACUGUUAUAUUUUAUUAUUGAAUUAUUAAACAAUUAU